AUGUCGAAAAAGGACAUGAGAAGGGCAGACCUUGUGGUCCCGUACGUUGAACCGCAGAAGGACCAGAAGUCUGCCGACAUGAGCAACCCCUUCGCGGAGGCCGACGAAGACACCGGUCAGGUCCAGCAAUCUCAGCAAUACAUCCAUAUUCGCAUUCAGCAGCGAAAUGGUCGUAAGACCUUGACAACCGUUCAAGGAAUACCCAAGAAGUUUGACCAGAAGAAGAUCCUCAAGGUCAUCAAGAAGAAAUUUGCCUGCAAUGGCACCAUUGUCGACAGCCCGGAGAUGGGGGAGGUGAUUCAGCUCCAAGGUGAUCAACGCAAAGAUGUGCAAGAAUUCUUGACCUCCGAGGAGGGACUCGGCCUGAAGGUUAAUACCAUCAAGGUAUAA